AUGGUUACGCUCAGAUGGCACGCGAUGCUGCCACCAUGCAUAUGCUCUGACCGAGCAGUUCCAGAACAGGAUUCUUCAGAUUCCAAGGCCCCUCACCCUGUAUGGAACGUGUAUGCCUACCUGGCAUGGCUGCAACGGCUCCUGGCCCACGAUGAUAUCCCCGCUAAGAAUCGGGAGCGGGAAGGCAAGAGAAAGGCCGACAUCGCCGAAGAAACGGCCAUCUAUGCCAUUCAAUAA